AUGUUUUCUCAAAGCAGGCAGCGCAAAGUAAAACGACACUUUGAUGAACUAGCAGAAGAUUUCAGGUUUUCAAGUGGUGAAGAGGCCUUCAGAGUGCAAGUGUUUUACGCUGUUUUGGACAUAGUCAAUCGUCAAAUUGAGGACCGCUUUUCUUCUGUUCGAGAUGUUGUCCAGCUGUUUUCUGUUUUAUUUCCAACAGUUCUGGUCAAGCUAACUGAAAAAGAAAUCUUUGAAAAAGCUGGAGAAUUGCAAAGAGUGUACGAAAAAGACAUAGGGCCAUCGCUACCUCUUGAACUUAUAUCCCUUCAAAGUGAAUUUAAAUGUGAGCUAUCAAAACUGAAAACGGUUUAUGACUUAGCUUCACUUUUAAUGAUUGAGUUUGACACAUUAGCUACAAGUUUUCCAGAAGUACAGACUGCUCUAAUGUUAUUUUUGACUUUGCCGGUAACAGUGGCAUCUGCAGAAAGGUCGUUCUCAGUGCUAAAAAGAAUUAAAUGUUAUCUCCGAACAUCAAUGGGACAAGACAGACUUAGCGAUCUUGGAAUGUUGGCGAUAAACCAAAGAGAAGCCUCACAACUAGACAAGCGUACGUUAGUGCAAUGCUUUGCAGAAAUGAAAUUUAGAAGGAAAGUUUUUGCAGUGUAG